ACAGGGGAGAGCACUCUGGAGAAAGACAGUGAGAGUGACUUCGCUGAAUACCCGCUGCCCGCUACCCGUAGCUUCUUGUGCAAAGUAUCUAGCUAAGCAUAACAGGAUGUCAGAUAUCGAAGACCUUGCAGCUCAGGUAGGAAUAGAAAUCUUACCUAGCUCGACCAGUGGACAGUUAAUAGCCAGUAAAACAGCUCAAUCCGCCGAUGGUGAUCGUUCCUCAGCGGAGAACAAAGAGCUGGUAGAAAGUCAUCAAAUAUUUUCAAAGGAAAUAUUAAGUCGCUGUACAGAGGAACGACUUGCAGAACUGGAUGCAGUGUUUAAACAUCGAUUCACAGAAGAAGAUGAAGAAUACGCAAGAACACUGUCCACUCCAAAACAUCCUCCUCCAUGUGUUACAGACUGGGGAUCAGGAAACAGAAACCCAGACAGAUCCAGAGACCACCAUGAUGGUUAUAACAACUGGCGUAGAGGUUCCUACAGAGGGCACAACUCUCCUUACAGAUCCCAUGGUUACCAUCAGAACAGACAGGAUCAUUACCGUGAUAACCGUGAUAACAGAUGGGGACAUCAGUUACACCCCAGUGAUGGUGGAAAAUGGCAACAAAGAGAGAGGUCACCAUACAGAAGAAACUGAUUAUUGGUAGCAGAUGACAAGCACUGAUAUGUUUCUAUGGUUACCAUUUUGCAUAUACAUUGGUUUUUGGUGUGCUUUUAAAAUUUUGCCUCAGGGAAAUUGCUGAAUGCUAAGGAGAACUUUAUUUUGUAAAACAUCUUUUGCUUCUGGUAAACUUCAGAAUCUGUUCCCUUAAAUUGCACCCAAGAUCGUUUCAGUGUCCUAUUUUAAGCUUAUUUAAUGUUAAGGCAGAUGGCUUGCAAGACUUUCAAAUUGAGCUUGAUAGAAAAACUCCAUUGCAUUUAGAAAUAUUUGGACUGUAGAAGCUUUGAGGUAGUGAAGUUUCCUUUCCUUUUUGUAUAAAGUAGAAACAUGCUAUGUGAUUGUUGCAGCUUUCUAUUUCAAAAAUAAUUUUGGGAAGAAAAACAUGAUUUACACUUCUUUUUUUUUUUUUUUUUUUAAAAAAAGGAACAUUUUUGCUAUCAGAAAGCAUUUUAUUCAUUAACAUCUAAAUUUUUGCCAAGUAUGGCAUAUGAACAUUUAAGAAGCAUAAAUUUAUCAAGAGAUAAAUUUUCUCACACUUUCAGCUACCAGCAUAUACCUAAUAACUGUUUAUGAAAUAAAAAGUACUUAGAUGUA